GUGCCAUUCUCCCUUGGGAUCUACAAGAUGAAGCUGGUUGCAACAAUCCUGGUAUGUGUGAGCGUGGUCUCGCGAGCGUGGGCGCAGGAUGGCUCCUUCAUCCUGGAUUCACGGGGCGUGGAGGUGGAGCAGGGACUCCAGCCUUCCGUCGAACUCUUCCAGAACCACCAAGCCUUCUCCGAGGCUUUUCAAGAACGUGCUGAAGAACUAGCAACACAAUACAGCCUUGGCCAAGUCGAAUACAAUGAUCCUAACCCAGAAUAUACUUGGGCUUAUGAAGUCGACGCCAGAUCGACUGGGGACAUGAAGUCUGCCCGAGAGGAACGUCGAGGUGACGUGGUCGUGGGUCAGUACUCGGUCAUGGACCCCGACGGCUCUCUGCGCGUGGUCGACUACUCGGUGGCUCCCGGCACAGGCUUCCAGGCCACCGUCCGCAAGGACCUUUCUGACGGUACGAGCCAGACAAGCCGUGGUCAGCUUCAGCAAUACAGCCGAUACGAUUUGCAGAACCAACAGCGUGACAACAGCCAGAGCCAGUUCCGCAGUGAAUUCGAGAAUCAGAGUAACCGCCAGCAAUUUCCGCCAGCUGAACGCCAGCAGUUCAGAACCAGCAGAGUAACAGCCAGCAGUCCAGAACCAGCAGAGUCAGCAGUUCCAGAACCAGCAGUGAACCAGCAGUUCCAAAGCCAGCUGAACCGCCAGCAGUUCCAGAGCCAGCUGAACCGCCAGCAGUUCCAGAACCAGCAGAGUACUCGCCAACAGUUCCAAAACCAACUGAACCGCCAGCAAUUCCAGAGCCAACUAAAUCGUCAGGAAUUCCAGAACCAGCAAACUAACCGCCAGCAGUUCCAAAACCAACUGAAUCGCCAGGAAUACCAGAACCAGCAAAGUAACCGCCAACAGUUCCAAAAUCAACUGAACCGCCAGGAGGAAUACAAGAACCAACAAAGUAACCGACAACAGUUCCAGAACAGACUGAACAGCCAACAGUUCCAGAACAGACUGAACAGCCAACAGUUCCAGAACCAGCAGAGUAAUCGCCAACAAUACCAGAACCAAGUGAACCGCCAGCAGUUCCAGAACCAACUGAAUCGUCAGGAAUUCCAGAACCGAGCAAACAAUGCUUUGCAGUUUUCGACUCAGUCAGAACGUCGUCAGUCGCAAAACGGUCGCCAGCAGUUCCAGAGCCAGACCGCCAGACAGCAAUCUCAGCUCACUCCCGAACUGAACACCGCGCCUGGUUCCGGAGUCCUCCUCAAGAGCGCCCUCGCCAGAGCCAGCAACUACAACCAGCGUUUCAACGAGAAUCUGCUGAGCGGACAGAACCAGAACAGCCGAUUCGCUGGUCAGGCGCGAUACACCGAGAGAUAUGGCAGCAGCCUCAAUCAGUUCGCCCAAAACCGGGAUCAGUACAACCAGAAUUCCAACCAGUACAGCCAGAGCAACAAUGAGAACCGCAGCCAAAGAAGGCCGUAUUCCAAUGACCAGUUCAGCCGUGACCGCUACCAGAGCAACCAGCAGGGUCAAUACAACAGUCGAACCCAGUUCAACAACGAGGACCAAUACACUACACAGAACCAAUACAACCAGAACCAAUACACCAGACAGAACCAAUACAACCAGAAGCAAACCACCAGGCAGAACCAGUACACAACCCAGAACCGGUACAACAGUCAGAAUCAGUACAACGAGAACCAAUACACUAGGCAAUACCAGAGCAAACAGAACCAGUACAACAAUCAGAACCAGUUCAACAGCCAGAACCGGUACACUAACGAGCGCACUUCCCAGUCGUCUAACUCCCAGAACUACUACCCUAUCAGCGUCGUCUUGGCCUAGAUGACCAAACUCUGAAAUCAACCACAGCCUUGACGACCUUUGCCUGACCCCGUAUUGACUCCUACAGGCUGGAGGAUCCUGUGUAUCCUAUGCAGGACCUUGGCAUGCCGUGUUCAGUUCUCCAAAUUCCGCUGACGUUGAUCAAAAUUCACAAUCAGCUUAUUGUGCAAUCUUUGACCAUGAAUGCAGCCUUAGAUCUGGAGAUUGGUAAUUAAACUGGUUUACAAAACAGUACAAGCUCUUUUUUCGUUAAAUUGCAAUGUCUAUGAGCGUUUUUAAUAAAAGGUUUUUGCAUACUA